AUGAUCACCACACUCCCCGACGCGGCCUCGCCGUGGUGGGGCCCUCUCACGGCAGCCGCUGCUGCCGCCGCCCUGGCCGCACUUUAUACACUCUACCUACUCCUAUCCAAGAAACCGGCCGGCAGGCCCCUCCCAGGCCCCCGUGGCCUCCCCCUUGUCGGCAACCUCCUCUCCCUCGACCCGGACCUUCAUACGUACUUCGCGGGCCUUGCCCGUGCCCACGGCCCGAUCUUCUCCCUGAGGCUCGGCUUCAAAACCGCUGUCGUCGUCACCUCCCCGUCUGUGGCCCGUGAGAUGCUCAAAGACCACGAUGCGGUGUUCGCCAACCGGGACGUGACAGAGGCGGGCCGUGAGGCCACGUACGGCGGGCGCGACAUCGCGUGGAGCCCGCACGGGCCCGAGUGGCGCAUGCUGAGAAAAGUCAGCGUUCGGGAGAUGCUCGGGAGCCGCGCGCUGGACUCGGUCUACGCCCUCCGGCGGAGGGAGGUCCGGGGGACGGUCCGGUACUUGUACGGCAGACGAGGGUCGCCGGUGGACGUUGGGGAGCAGAUGUUCGUGACAUUGUUGAACGUGAUCACGAGCAUGAUGUGGGGGGAAACGGUGGUCGGGGAGGAGCGGGCCAGGCUUGGGGCGGAGUUCAAGGAGGUUGUGGGGGAGAUUGUGGGGCUGCUGGGGAUGCCGAACGUGUCAGAUUUUUACCAGGGAUGGCUAGGGAGGCUUGACGUGCAGGGGAUAAGGAGGAGGAUGAGGGCGGCGGUUGGGAGGAUGGACCGGAUUUUCGAGGCAGUGGUCGAGCAGAGGCUGAGGGGCGGUGGUGAAGGGACCGGAAAGGAUUUUCUGCAGUUUCUUCUGGAGAUGAAGGAUGGAGAAGAUGUUGGUUUUAGCAUGACUCACCUUAAGGCUUUGCUCAUGGAUAUGGUAGUCGGGGGGACUGACACGACAUCCAACACGAUAGAGUUUGCCCUGGCCGAGAUGAUGAACAAGCCCGAAAUCCUCGCGCGGGCCCAGCAAGAGAUUGACACAGUCAUCGGCAAGCAAAACACGGUCGAGGAGUCCCACGCCAAGAGCCUCCCUUACCUACACGCCGUGAUGAAAGAAGCCCUCCGACUCCACCCGGCUGUCCCGCUCCUCGUCCCACACUGCCCCAGCACCACAUGCGAGGUCUCUGGCUACACAAUCCCGAGCGGGGCCCGCGUUUUCUUCAACGUGUGGGCCAUCCACCGGGACCCUUCGUUGUGGGACAACCCUUUAGACUUCUGUCCCGACCGGUUCUUGGACGGGAAAUGGGACUACAGUGGGAACGACUUCAGUUAUUUCCCUUUCGGGUCCGGGCGGAGGAUAUGUGUUGGGGUCGACAUGGCCGAACGGAUGUUCGUGUUCUCGCUCGCGACAUUGGUUCAUUCGUUCGACUGGAGGUUGCCUCAAGGGGAGAAGGUGGACCUAUCUGAAAAGUUUGGGAUUGUUCUCAAGAAAAAGGUGCCGUUGGUUGCUAUCCCGACUCCUAGGUUGUCUGAUCCGGCGCUCUAUCAGUGA